GGAGCCGUGGGCGAAGAGCACCUGCGGUGCCCCGUCAGGCAGCCCGCCGUGCGUCAGGACGGGCCGCCGCCUGCCAAGAAGACGCGGACUGAGCUCGUGGGCGGCGUGCUCACGCCCCGCAUGCAGCUCCUGCUGCUCGCCGGCUGCGAGCGGGGCCUGGCCGCGCUCGAGGAG